AUUUACACCGAUAUUUAAUUUCGCCAGGGAAUACAAUUCGUUUUAUUCUUUACUUUUUAAGGUUUUUAUUAGUUAUCUAGUAUAGGUAGCUAACUAGCGAAUAUAUAUUUAUAUGGUUAUUCGUUAGCUUAUUCGUUAGCUUCUUUUGAUUUUCGUGUUGACAUUGUCAACUUUUGAUCCGGCACAAUGAAGACACGUUUCAAUACCUUUGAUAUAAUCUGCGGAGUGGCCGAACUGCAAAAGUUGGUAGGCUGGCGAGUGAACCAGAUCUAUGACGUGGACAACAAGACCUAUCUGUUCCGGAUGCAGGGAAGCGGUGGAGCGGUGGAGAAGGUCACUCUGCUGCUAGAGUCUGGCACUCGAUUCCAUACCACCCGCUUCGAAUGGCCCAAAAAUAUGGCCCCAUCGGGAUUCAGCAUGAAGCUGAGGAAGCACUUGAAGAACAAGCGUCUGGAGAGGAUCCAACAAUUGGGUGGCGAUCGUAUUGUGGACUUCCAGUUCGGCACCGGCGAUGCCGCCUACCAUGUUAUUUUGGAGCUCUACGAUCGAGGAAACGUCAUUCUUACGGAUUACGAGUUGACCACCCUGUAUAUUCUGCGUCCCCACACGGAGGGUGAGAAUCUUCGCUUUGCCAUGCGUGAAAAAUAUCCCGUGGAACGAGCCAAACAGGUCACGGAGGAACUGCAGCCGGAAGCCCUGGAGAAACUAGUGGAGAACGCCAGAAACGGCGAUUACUUGCGUCAGAUCCUGACGCCCAAUUUGGACUGUGGUCCGGCAGUUAUAGAACAUAUUCUUCUCUCACACGGUCUGGAUAAUUGUGUGAUUAAAAAGGAAGGAGCGGAAGAAACUCCGGAGGCAGAGGAUAAGCCGGAGAAAGGCGGUAAAAAACAACGCAAGAAGCAACAGAAUGCUAAACUGGAACAAAAGCCAUUUGAUAUGGUUAAGGACAUGCCCAUUCUUAAACAGGCUGUAAAGAGCGCCCAUGAUCUUAUUGUCGAAGGAAACUCUGGAAAAACUAAAGGAUACAUAAUUCAAGUGAAAGAGGAGAAGCCUACGGAGAAUGGCAAAGUUGAGUUUUUCUUUAGAAACAUUGAGUUCCAUCCUUACCUAUUUGACCAAUUCAAACACUUUGAAAGGGCCACAUUCGAGAGUUUUAUGGAAGCAGUUGAUGAAUUUUACUCGACGCAAGAAUCACAGAAAAUCGACAUGAAAACUCUGCAUCAGGAGCGCGAGGCGCUGAAAAAGCUGUCUAACGUUAAAAAUGAUCACGCCAAGCGUCUGGAGGAGUUAACCAAAGUCCAGGAUGUGGACAGGAAGAAGGCAGAGCUUAUCACGUCCAACCAAAGUCUGGUGGAUAACGCCAUUCGGGCAGUUCAGUCGGCUAUUGCCAGUCAACUAUCCUGGCCGGAUAUCCAUGAGCUCGUGAAGGAGGCCCAGGCAAAUGGCGAUGCUGUGGCCGGUUCCAUUAAACAAUUGAAGCUGGAAACGAAUCAUAUAUCCCUUAUGCUUAGUGACCCUUAUGAUACGUAUGAAGACGAGGAUCUGAAAACUCCGGAAGUGACCGUUGUGGAUGUCGAUUUAGCUUUGUCAGCUUGGGCCAACGCCCGUCGAUAUUACGACAUGAAACGUUCGGCUGCUCAAAAGGAAAAGAAAACUGUAGAUGCCUCCCAAAAAGCCCUAAAAUCUGCGGAGCGUAAGACACAGCAAACCCUCAAAGAAGUAAGGACCAUUUCGAACAUAGUAAAGGCUCGAAAAGUUUUCUGGUUCGAAAAGUUUUACUGGUUUAUAAGCUCCGAGAACUAUUUAGUUAUUGGCGGAAGGGAUGCGCAGCAGAAUGAGCUUAUUGUUAAAAGAUAUAUGCGUCCGAAGGACAUUUAUGUUCAUGCAGAGAUUCAGGGUGCCUCAAGUGUUAUUAUACAGAAUCCCACAGGAGAGGAUAUACCGCCCAAAACUUUACUUGAAGCUGGAUCUAUGGCCAUAUCAUACAGUGUUGCCUGGGAUGCCAAGGUGGUGACCAAUUCGUAUUGGGUGACAAGCGACCAGGUCAGCAAAACAGCUCCAACUGGAGAGUAUUUGGCAACCGGAAGCUUUAUGAUCAGGGGAAAGAAGAACUUCCUACCCUCCUGCCACUUAACCAUGGGUCUAAGUUUACUUUUUAAGUUGGAGGACAGUUUUAUAGAGCGGCAUUUGGGAGAGCGAAAGGUCAGAAGCUUAGAUGAUGAUCAUAUCGAUCAAGAUGUUAAAGAAGCCGAGGUCGAACAUGACCUCUUGUCCGAACCAAGCGAUGAUACUGAAACCAAUCCUACUGCAAACAUGUCGGAACAAAGUUCUUAUACCGAGAUUACUGGUUUUCCCAAUACGGAAGUAAAGAUUGAACACGAUACGGGUCGUAUAACAGUCCGAUCUGACUCUUUAAAUCCAGACAACGAAGAGACUGAAGAUGUUGUCCAAAAACAACCAAGUAAACCCGUGGAUGAGGAGACUACCAUUAUUUUUGCUGGUCCAAGUCGCAAAAAGCAAGUGAGUGCUAAAAAGACUAAAGAAGAGAAGGCUCGAGCUGCAAAACAGGAGGCUGCAAGACAGGAAGUCGCUCCCGUUGAAGCAGAUACCAAAAACCCAUCACAGAUAAAGAGAGGUCAGAAGGGAAAAUUGAAGAAAAUGAAACAAAAAUACAAAGAUCAAGACGACGAGGAACGUGAAAUUCGCAUGAUGAUUCUUAAGUCUUCUGGAAAGGAGAAGCCCCAAGCCAUUGCCGAAAAAGUGGUGGACAAAUCGGUAGCAAUUAAGGAGUUUGUAAAGCCAGAAAAAAGUUCAGCUCCCAAAAACCCAGUUGACUUGGAGGAUGCCGAUGAAGUGCCCGUCGGAGGAGAUGUGGAUGUACUCAACAGUCUGACUGGUCAGCCACUUGAAGGGGAUGAGUUGCUGUUCGCUAUUCCAGUGGUGGCUCCCUAUCAGGCUUUGCAAAACUACAAGUUCAAAGUAAAGCUCACCCCAGGCACUGGUAAAAGAGGAAAGGCUGCGAAAUUAGCUCUUAACAUAUUUGCCAAGGAAAAAGGCUGCAGUACUCGCGAAAAGGAUUUACUGAAAAGUAUAAAGGAAGAAUCGCUGGCAAGAAACAUACCAGGAAAGGUCAAGCUAUCAGCCCCCCAACUUCAAAAGUACCACAAAUAAUAAAAAAUAAAUAUACAUAAUGUUGACCCAUAUUUAUAAGAAGUGUUUAAAAUGCUUUAAAAAAUGCAAGUUGAUUAAAUAAAAGAAAAUGUAUACAGAA